AUGUCUAGUCCCAAUCUGAACCUGGUCAUUUUAGUGGGCAGCGCACUCAGUUACAUCAGCGCCUUCCUAUUUGUGGUCCAAGAUCCUGCUGUUUCCAUGGAAACUAUCAUCCAGGUGAGUACAACCGUAUUGCAUCAGAGCAGUGUACGUGGAGGCUACACAAUUCACUCUGCUAUAAUGUAUCUCUAUAGCUUUCACCCUGGCUAUACCCAGAAACAAUGGGAAUUGGGGCACACUCGGAACAUUUCCAAGUAGUGGGGCUGCCGUAACAAUCAAAAUAUAUACAAAAUACAGCUACAGGAACAGCGCACAAAAACAGAAAUACUGCUCUACCUUUCACACGGCUUCCUGUAAUCACCUAUCCUACACCCACCCUCCUUCCCACUAUUCUACAUGGAUCCUCCUACUCUUUGUAGAUCAUUUUGGGAGUUAUUUCGCUCUGGUUAUAACAAUUAUAUUUACAUGUUGGUUUUCCAGUUAAUGAUGAACAUGGAGCAAGGUGUCUGCUCUGUGACGUGUUGGUGGGCAGAUCUGACUUUCACGCCAAACAUUGUCUAAAUCUCAGAUAUCUCUGUGUUCCAGGUGAGAGUCAGCCUCCUGUAUGUGGGGCUCACUCUAAUCUUCGGGCCACUGUUGGGGAAGAGUUGGAGACUCCACAGAGUGUUUUCACACCGCGUCCCGGAUAAGAGAGUGGUGAGUGAGAGUCCAUUCACAAACAGUAUUUUGGCAUAAUUUAUUAGGAAGCGCAUUCAUGGGGUUUUAAAAAAAUAUAUUAAAUAUCCCAUCAUUACAGAGAAACUGUCAGUUAUAAUAAUAUAUUGGAAAUGACCUAUAACUUGUGUUAAUAAUGUUUUAAUACUUUAUUUUGAGAGCGCAGAAUUAGUUACAGAUAAUAAUUGGUAUUAGCAUCCAGCGAUUCAGACCAUGUGAAAUGAUAAUAAUAUAUUCAGAGGGCAGAGUAUUACAAGACGAGGAAUCAGACAAUGAAAUCGCAGAUUUCCUUCUUGUACCAUAGUCUGAUUCUUUUCUUGUUCACCAUGCCGUCCACACCGCUUUAUCCUGUAACUGGGCGCCUACAUCUUAGCUCCCCAUCGGCCAUUGUUAUACGCUCUGUACUGUAACUGGGUGUCUCCAUCUUAGCUCCCCGUCGGCCAUUGUUAUACGCUCUGUACUGUAACUGGGCGCCUCCGUCUUAGCUCCCCGUCGGCCAUUGUUAUACGCUCUGUCCUGUAACUGGGCGUCUCCGUCUUAGCUCCCCGUCGGCCAUUGUUAUACGCUCUGUCCUGUAACUGGGCACCUCCGUCUUAGCUCCCCGUCGACCAUUGUUAUACGCUCUGUCCUGUAACUGGGCGCCUCCGUCUUAGCUCCCCGUCGGCCAUUGUUAUACGCUCUGUCCUGUAACUGGGCGCCUCCGUCUUAGCUCCCCGUCGGCCAUUGUUAUACGCUCUGUCCUGUAACUGGGCGUCUCCAUCUCCCUGUCAGCCAUUGUUAUACGCUCUGUCCUGUAACUGGGCGCCUCCGUCUUAGCUCCCCGUCAGCCAUUGUUAUACGCUCUGUCCUGUAACUGGACGCCUCCAUCUCAGCUCCCCGUCAGCCAUUGUUAUACGCUCUGUCCUGUAACUGGGCGUCUCCAUCUUAGCUCCCUGUCAGCCAUUGUUAUACGCUCUGUCCUGUAACUGGGCGUCUCCAUCUUAGCUCCCUGUCAGCCAUUGUCCACUUAUAACAGUGACUGACAGGUAUAAAGGGCGGAGAAUAUAGCGGUGACUGAGGUGUAAAGUGCGGAACUUAUAACAGUGACUGACAGGUAUAAAGGGCAUAAAGCGAUGACUGACAGGUGUAAAGGGCGGGGCUUAUAACAGUGACUGACAGGGGGCUAAGAUUUGUGGAUUUCAACGUUUAAUUAUAUUAUUCACACUUCACAAAUACAUAUUCGUUAAAUUUAGUAAUAAAGAGAAUAUUAAAAAAACAAAACUGGGAAUUGGGUAAAACAAACCCUCCGUUGAUCUGUACUUUUCUCUUUCUCGCUUUAUUAUCAUUACUUUAUGUCGGCUUCCAAACUUUUUCUAUUAAACAUUCAGAGAAUGUCCUAAUAAUAACAUAAUUCCUGGAAUGGGCCUUCUGAAUGGGGCAUGAUAUUAAGUGGGAUAUUUCUGUAUUUAACCCUCCUGUGCCCAUGUCCUCAUUCUGCAGAUUAUUAAAGAUUUGACAUUACUGGCCCUCGUUGGCCUGCUCCUGUUUGUGGAUUCUGUGCUGCUCCUAAUCUGGGUCCUGUCUGACCCCGUGCUUUGUGUCCGGACAGCGUCUGCCACUAUCAGGGUGAGUGAGUCUCAGAAUUAUUUAUAAAGAAUGAUUAACACGAGCAAUCAGCAUGAACAUGUCAUCAGUUUCCUUGGCAACCGCUCCACUUACAGAACUUUGCUCCAAAAUUAGUCUUUUUACAUAAUCUGUGUCUAGUCCCUCUGAUUGAAACCCCCAUUAUUUAACUACAAACUGCUUCCUGCACUUCAAACAUCGCUACACUGUAUUCACUAACAGGGAGCAUUACUCACUACACUGUAUUCACUAACAGGGAGCAUUACUCACUACACUGUACAAUACUGGGAUCAGUACUCGCUACACUGUACAAUACAGGGAUCAGUACUCACUAUAUCAUACAAUACAGGGAACAGUACUCACUAUAUCAUACAAUACAGGGAUUGUAUAUCAUACAAUACUGGGAUCAGUACUCGCUAUAUCAUACAAUACUGGGAUCAGUACUCGCUACACUGUACAAUACUGGGAUCAGUACUCGCUACACUGUACAAUACUGGGAUCAGUACUCGCUAUAUCAUACAAUACUGGGAUCAGUACUCGCUACACUGUACAAUACUGGGAUCAGUACUCGCUAUAUCAUACAAUACUGGGAUCAGUACUCACUAUAUCAUACAAUACUGGGAUCAGUACUCACUAUAUCAUACAAUACAGGGAUCAGUACUCACUAUAUCAUACAAUACUGGGAUCAGUACUCACUAUAUCAUACAAUACAGGGAUCAGUACUCGCUAUAUCAUACAAUACUGGGAUCAGUACUCACUAUAUCAUACAAUACAGGGAUCAGUACUCACUAUAUCAUACAAUACAGGGAUCAGUACUCACUAUAUCAUACAAUACAGGGAUCAGUACUCACUAUAUCAUACAAUACUGGGAUCAGUACUCGCUAUAUCAUACAAUACUGGGAUCAGUACUCACUAUAUCAUACAAUACUGGGAUCAGUACUCGCUAUAUCAUACAAUACAGGGAUCAGUACUCGCUAUAUCAUACAAUACAGGGAUCAGUACUCACUAUAUCAUACAAUACUGGGAACAGUACUCACUAUAUCAUACAAUACAGGGAUCAGUACUCACUAUAUCAUACAAUACUGGAAUCAGUACUCGCUAUAUCAUACAAUACUGGGAUCAGUACUCACUAUAUCAUACAAUACAGGGAUCAGUACUCACUAUAUCAUACAAUACUGGGAUCAGUACUCACUAUAUCAUACAAUACUGGAAUCAGUACUCACUAUAUCAUACAAUACAGGGAUUAGUACUCGCUAUAUCAUACAAUACAGGGAUCAGUACUCACUAUAUCAUACAAUACUGGGAUCAUUACUCACUAUAUCAUACAAUACUGGGAUCAGUACUCACUAUAUCAUACAAUACAGGGAUCAGUACUCACUAUAUCAUACAAUACUGGGAUCAGUACUCGCUAUAUCAUACAAUACUGGGAUCAGUACUCACUAUAUCAUACAAUACUGGGAUCAGUACUCACUAUAUCAUACAAUACAGGGAUCAGUACUCACUAUAUCAUACAAUACAGGGAUCAGUACUCACUAUACCAUGA